UAAAAGUAAAAUAAUUUGGGUAAAUAUUUUAUUUAUUUGCCUACAAAGGAUGUAGAGACGUGAAAUUACUGCCAUAGGAUCAGUGUUCGCAGCGUUUUUAUCCUGUUAUUUCCCUCUUCUUUCAAGCCCUGCCCACUAACAAGUAAUUUGUGAUUGAAGAAUAGGCUACAGAGAAAAAAAAUACAAAUCUAGUUUCGAUUUUAUUACCGAGUGUCAUCUAAACAUCAGCACCUGAAAAUUUGGUGUGAUUGUACAAAAGUCUUUCUGGUACUGUACUAACAGUCUUCUCCACCUUUACCCUUAGUUUUAAUAAAGUGAUUAACGAAAUGAUACUGGAAUAUUGGGUAAUGGUUAAAGUCACUGGCGUAGAUUUGUGAUUGAAUACAGGAUGACUUUCAUUACUAACACAAUCUUGUCAGUGAUCUACCCAGAAUAUAACUGGUCGCCCACCCCAAGAUUAACAUGAGUAAUGCGUCGUCGAAACUGUUUGACAAACAACACAUACAGGUACUAUUAGCAACAACCUAGCAAACUGGAAUGCUUCAUUGCAGACAUUUCUAAGCAAACAUCUUGGUUAAGUAGCAGUGGAAAAAUCAGCCAGACAGCCUCCCAUCACUGAUGAAUAUGAUUCCUCCUCUGACAGCGGCUUUGUGCCUCGGCUUCCUGUCCACUGUUUGUUGUGACUCUCCCACAAAAGACUCAUUCUCACAGGAAGUGAAGGGAUGGAGGUGCUGCCAGGAGGAUCGAGCUCGGUACCACAGUGGAUGCCUGUCCAGUGAACUGGACCCAAGCUUCACACCACCACUGAAUUACUCUGAAGCAUCACCCAGUUUAGUAGUAUGGACUCCCCACUCUCUGAAGUGUCCCUGGGGCUUCAAACUUAGGUACUAUGAUACAAGCAAACUGGAGAAACUGAUUUUAAAGGAGGAUGGAGUCCAUCUGCAGUAUUGGGAAUUUAUUUUGAAGACUACCAAUGAUUUUUGUGUGGAAAAGUUUCCCAGUGGUGAAUAUUAUGCUGCUACUUGCCAGCCAGACCUGGACAUAAUAUGUGGUAAUGCAACAUGUAUUCCUAAGUGCUGUGGUAAAGGAGAGAGAUUGUCAUAUGAUAUUAGAGAAUGUGUGUCAACAGAAAAUUGGAGUCUCUCAUUGAAAUAUCAAACCAUAGGUGGUAGUCCAGCUAAAGGCCCAUCUGAUGAACUGGUUGUCAGUGUGGAACUUGACUGCGAGACAAUUACAAAACUUCAUCCUGAGGAAGACCCUGCACACAAAUAUUACCUUCUUCCAAAUGGUGAUAUAUAUGAGUUAGAAACUAGUGAAAGACACAACCCUAAAACCUAUUGCUUCGAAUAUGUUGAAGAGUGGUCUGCCCAAGUGGUGUUUGUGUGUCGGGAACCUCCUUCUAAAACCCUGAAAGUAAAGACUUACUUGCAGGCUGUUGGCACGAUGAUAUCUGCCAUAUUUCUCAUAAUAACAGUUGUGUUUCACCUAUGCAUCCCAGAACUACGUGACAUGCAAGCCCUCUGUCUUCUGUGUCAUAUGUCAUCACUUACUGUUGCAGUUGUGGCAUUGUUCAUUUCUUAUGUAUUUACUAAUUAUAUGACACUCCCUCACUGCAUCAUCAAUGGAAUAAUUCUCCAGUUUUCAUUUUUGGUGGUGUUUUUUUGGCUGAAUGUGAUAUGUUUCGACAUAUGGCGAGUUAUCAGAGCCACUGUACAAUGCAUUCCUUUAACUGGUAUCUUGGCCAGUGAUGCUAAGAAAUUCAAAUUAUACUGUGUAUAUGCCUGGGGUGGACCUUUGGCUAUUACCAUAGUGUCUAUAGUACUGGAUAAUCUCCCAGAUGAACCACACUUCAAAGGUCUCAUUCGCCCAGGGUUUGGGCUCGUGUCAUGUUGGUUUUCAGGUGAUAUCGAACUCUUUACCUACUUUUAUGGGAUAGUGGCAUUGCUGUUUCUAAUGAAUGUGUUGCUGCUGGGACACACAGUGAUUUUGUUGUAUCAGGCUGGGAGUGCCUUCCAGUGCUUUGCCAAGCAAGUCACGGUCUCUGCAUUUAACCGGCAUCACCUUGAAGCGUUUUGGCAGCGUUUCACUUUGUUUAUUUUGAUGGCUUUAUGUUGGGUCACAGAGGUUCUCUCCUGGAAGAUCCCUCCCAAAGAACUAUGGAUCCUGACUGAUGUUUUGAACUCACUGCAAGGAUUCAUCGUGUUCCUCAUCUUCAUAAGUGGCGAUAAGAAGCGUGAACUAGUAAAAAGAGCUUGUACUGGGGCUAUUUCUACAGUAUCAGAUGCUACAAGAAAGAUAUCCAGGUCCAAUGAAACUGGAGUCACUUGGCAUGUGAAUACAACAUCCACAUCCCUCUCAUCACAUGUAGAACAAGGGAUAUCAGUUGUGUCAGAAUCUCAGUAACAAAGAGCAAAGAAUAUGUCGUACUAUUGGCGAGAAAUCAGGAAAAUUACCAAGAAAUUAAAAGGCAGGAGUAUACAGAUACAGUUUUACAUUAGAAAAAGGAAUUCUGUUUCGUUUGUUUUUUAGACUCGUUUAGUACAAAAUUAAGAACAUUCAUUGUCUAGUACUAAGGACAAAGGGAAAUUUUCAAAGUUGAUUAGUAAGUGGGAUAAGAAAGUAAUCCUAUGUUAUUAUAGUUAAACAUAGGUCUGUGUGAAAUGCAAAUGAUUUAUUGGUGUGAAACAUUGUGUUUGGCUUUUGUUCAAGAGCACUCAAAUACAAAACCAUGGCAGAUACCAAACUCUAGAAGGACUUUUUUGAGUCAUGACAGUACCCUUCCAGACUAAUGACAGCCGAGAGGUAGAAAGGACGACUGAUUAAUAACAAACUAACAGUGGGCCAGUUAACAGAGUUGUCAUUAGCAAAAGUUAAGUUUUUCUGCUAAGUUCUUUUUGUAUUUUAAUAUUUUCAUUCUCUAAGUUUAGUAGAGAGACUCUUGGAUGAUAAACAUGCUCUAAUACAAAGUAAACCCCCAUAAUUCAAAAUAAUAAAGGCUCUAACCCUUACAAAUUUAAGAUUUUAGGAAAUAUGAAGAACACCCUCUCCCGUGGAGGGAAACACCCCCAGUAUUUUUCCAUUAUCUGCCCCAAUCAAAAUUAAAACGUUUUCUUGGAUAUUUAACCUCUCGCAUUUGCCUCUUGACUUAGCAGUCAUUAUAAUGUACAACGUGCUUUGGUUAUCAUGUACCACAAUUAUUAAGUAUGAAUUUUUUUUUAUUUUUCAAUGUACUGUACAGAGUACAGUACAUUAUUUAGUAAUAAACUAUCUAUCAGUA